AUGAUGCUUCGUGCUCAUCUUAAGCAUCUCAGUCCCUUGAACUCAGUUGUUGCAGCAGCAGCAAAAACCACCAAUCCAGAUCGUGCCACGUCAGUCAAUGGCAGACCAGGGUUGCUCCAAACGACUGGUCCAAUGAAACUACUCCCCGCCGGUUUCUUGUGCAUGACUGAUGUGGCAAAAUCUCAGCCGUUAACUGUGGUUUCAUCAACUGCCAAGCCAUCCCAGAACAUCACCGUUGAUCAUCACCCAAAAGAUGACGACAAGAAGAUCAAAGGGACGGUGGUGUUGAUGAAGAAGAAUGUUUUGGAGCUCAACGACCUCAAAGCUUCAUUUCUUGAUCGUUUCCAUGAGCUGCGGGGUAAAAAAGUUUCACUGCAGCUCAUUAGUUCUGUUAAUUGCGACCCUGAAAAUGGGUUGCAAGGAAAGGUUGGAAAGGCAGCAUAUUUGGAAGAUUGGAUUACCAAAAUCACUCCUUUAACAGCUGAGGAGAAUGCAUUUGACAUUACUUUCGAUUGGGACGAGGAGAUUGGAGUCCCGGGAGCAUUUAUAAUUAGAAAUGAGCAUCACAGUGAGUUCUACUUGAAGUCUCUCACACUCGAAGAUGUUCCUGGCGAAGGUCGAGUCCACUUUGUUUGCAACUCGUGGGUGUACCCUGCUAAAAAGUACAAAAAGGACCGUGUUUUCUUUGCUAACAAGACGUAUCUUUCAAGUGAUACACCAGUGCCAUUACAGAAGUUCAGAGAAGAAGAGCUCGAAAACUUGAGAGGAGACGACGAUGAUGAAAAAAGAGAGCUUGAGGAAUGGGACAGGGUUUAUGGCUAUGCCUACUACAAUGAUUUGGGAAAACCAGAUAAGGGCCCAGAAUAUGCGCGUCCAAUUCUCGGAGGGUCUAGUGAGUUUCCUUAUCCUCGCAGAGGAAGAACCGGAAGACAGGCAACUGAAAAAGAUCCUAAGAGUGAGAGCCCCAUGAUGCUUAUCAUGAGCAUAUUUGUAUACGUUCCAAGAGACGAAAGAUUUGGUCACUUAAAGAUGUCAGACGCGAUUGCUUAUGCCGUGAAAUCGCUAUCUCAGCUCGUUAAGCCUGAUGAGCUAGCAACUCUAGUUGCCACCCAAAACGAGUUUGGAAGCUUGAAAGAUGUACUUAAACUCUACGAAGGAGGGAUAGAGUUGCCCAAAGGUUUACUGAAAUCUGUUAGGGAUAACAUCCCUGUAGAGACAAUCAAGGAACUUUUUCGAACUGAUGGUGAAAAAUUCCUGAAGUUUCCCGUGCCUCAAGUGAUCAAAGAGGAUAAAUCAGCAUGGAGAACUGAUGAAGAAUUUGCAAGAGAAAUGCUGGCAGGCAUAAAUCCUGUGUCAAUUCGCCGUCUCCAAGAGUUUCCGCCUGCUAGCAAGCUAGAUCGAAAAGCAUAUGGGGAUCAAACUAGUCGAAUAACCAAAGAACAAAUAGCUCAUAACUUGAAAGGACUCAGCAUAGAUGAGGCAAUCGAUAACAACAAAUUAUUCAUAUUAGACCACCAUGAUUCAAUAAUGCCGUACCUGAGGAGGAUAAACGCAACUUCAACGAAAACAUAUGCAAGCAGGACACUCCUCUUCUUACAAGAUGACGGGACUUUGAAGCCAUUAGCUAUUGAAUUAAGCUUGCCGCACCCCGAUGGAGAUCAAUUUGGUUGCACUAGCAACGUCUAUACUCCCUCUAGCCAAGGUGUCGAGAGUUCCAUUUGGCAACUUGCUAAAGCUUACGUGGCUGUGGUUGACUCUGGUUAUCAUCAGCUCAUCAGUCACUGGUUGACAACUCAUGCAGCGAUGGAGCCAUUUAUUAUAGCAACAAAUAGGCAGUUGAGCGUGCUUCACCCGAUUCAUAAACUCCUUCAUCCUCACUUUCGUGACAAUAUGAAUGUAAAUGCACUCGCUCGACAAGUUCUCAUUAACGCUGGUGGAAUACUAGAGGCAACACUCUUUCCUGCAAAGUUUUCAAUGGAAUGGUCGUCUGCAAUGUAUAAGAAUUGGGUUUUUCCUGAACAAGCGCUCCCCGUAGAUCUGAUCAAAAGAGGAAUGGCAGUUGAAGAUUCAAGCUCCUCGCACGGCGUGCGUUUACUGAUAGAAGACUAUCCAUUUGCUGCAGAUGGGCUUGAGAUAUGGUCGGCAAUCAAAACAUGGGUUAAAGACUACUGCUCCUUCUACUAUAAAACUGACGAAACCGUCCAAAAGGACUCGGAACUCCAGUCCUGGUGGAAGGAACUCCGCGAGGAAGGUCACGGUGACAAGAAAGAUGAGCCCUGGUGGCCUAAAAUGCAGACUCGCGAAGAGCUGAUAGAAUCGUGCACCAUCAUCAUAUGGAUUGCUUCAGCCCAUCAUGCAGCAAUCAAUUUUGGGCAGUACCCUUAUGGUGGAUACCCCCCAAACCGGCCAAGCAUAAGCCGACGGUUCAUGCCUGAAGAAGGCGCUCCUGAAUACGAGGAGCUCAAGACAGACCCCGAAAAGGAAUUUUUGAAAACAAUGACACCUGAGCUGCAGACCCUUCUUGGCAUGGCCUCAAUUGAAAUCCUGUCAAGGCACUCGGCUGAUGAGGUUUAUCUGGGGCAGAGAGACUCCGCAGAAUGGACAACGGACGCAGACAUACUGCAAGCUUCUGAAAAUUUUAGAAAGAAACUGAAAGAAGCUGAGGAAAGCAUGAAGAGAAAGAACAAGGAUGAGAAGCUGAAGAACCGCGCUGGACCGGCAAAGAUGCCAUACACUUUGCUCUAUCCUUCCAGUGAGGCCGGACUUACUGGCAAGGGAAUUCCCAACAGUGUCUCGAUCUAA